AUGGCGUUUAUGCCAGUACGCACGCAUGUUAUGCGUUUAAUUGGACAAAGCGGUAACUACUCCACUCUGUUACGACGAUCCAUGGCUUAUAAGAGCGCUAUAUCUUUGGAGACCUUAUAUCCUAAUAGUUCUUUAAAGCUUUCUACACCCUCAUUCACUCCUGAUCCAAACGAAAAAUUCUCGGGUUAUAUACCUAUAGAGAAAUUAGACAUUAAAUAUAGUGCCAGUUCGGGACCGGGAGGACAAAAUGUCAAUAAGGUACAUACAAAAGUUGAUUUGAGAUUCAAAUUAAAUGAAGCAGAUUGGAUUCCUGCAGAAGUAAAACAUAAAAUGUUGGAGCUUCAUGGCAACAAACUUACUAAGGAAGGAUACUUAAUUCUACGUUCAGAUCUGACCCGCUCUCAACAAUUGAACCUUGCAGACUGUCUUCAGAAACUCAGAAAUAUGUUACGAGAUGCUGCAGUUACCAAACGGAAGCCUGCACCAGAGACUGAAGAAAAAAUCAGACAAAGACACUUAAAGGCGUCGCGGCUGCGUGUUGCCAUCAAGCGUGAAGCAGCUUUAAAGCGUGCCCAGAGUCAAUCACCAACUGUUAUGGACUUA